CAUGGGAAAAGUAUUACCGCCUCCUCUUCUCACCUCUGGCAAGUGUCGGGCGGAAAUUCUGAAUGCUGGUGCUGGAUAACAUUAUACAAAUAAAGGUGGGGAUCAAAUGGUCCAAGCUGUUGCUAGCCUAUCGAUUUCCCAAGGCGGACUUAAUGUAACUUUUAAACUCGAAAUACGAAGCCAUGGACAAAGCCAGCCUCCAAAGAGUGUUUUCAGCGUGUGACAUUAACAAAUCUGGUGUGAUUGAAUUCGAAGACUUUACGGUUGUUUGUCGAGAGCUCAAUGUGCCUGAAGACGAAAUCAAAACUUUAUUCAACAAAUUCGGUGCUAGUGCAGAUGGAUGUAUCAAUUACAGCAAUUUCUCCUCUCGGUUUCAAGAGGUUUCAGAAACAUUGGAUUUAGCCUCUUUUGGAGCGUCUCCUCAAAGUCAAGAGAGUCCUUGGGACGAGUUCCAGAGCAGGAUGGACGAUGUAACAGGUCUCCUCUCAGGAAGACUGCGUGAUCAAUUGGCUGAGCUGUACCAAGCCAUUUACUCCACCUCAGAACCUCUCAUGUUGCAACAAUAUGAGGGAUUUAUUGAUGCUCUUGUCACUGAGAGCAAGGACCACAGGCUUGAGAGCGAGCAGGUGGAAACCAGUUUAAGAAGAACAGAGGAGCUCAACACAAGUCAGUUGACAAAGCUGGAGGAGAACAUGCAGCAGCAGCUUUCCCGUGUAGAGGACAGGGUGAGAGAAGAGGAGCGUAAGAAAAUGGAGGGAGUCAUGGAUACACUCCGGAGAAGGCAUGAUAAUGAAGUGGCAGAUCUGCAUACUGCUGUGGACAGGUUGUUGAAGUGCCAAGAUGAAUCUGAACUCAACAAUUCCAGGCAGGAUGUUGACAAACUACACCAACAAAUAUGUGGACUGACUAUGGAAAAUGAGCAGUUACGGAGUUCUCUCGUCAAAGCUCAGACAAACAUCUCCAUUCUGCAGGUAGAGAUGGACAAGCUGAAGAACAUGUAUGCAGACCAGAAACUUCAACAUGAGAGAGAAAGUGAUGACCUGAAAAAGAUGGUAAUCGAGUACCAGUCUUACUCCAGUCACAUUGAAAUACUCCAGGUCAUGAACAAAAAGCUGUAUGACAGCAAUGAUGACUUGCGCUCUGCCUUAGUCAAUGAUGUGGCAUCAAGUAAAAGGAGGCUAUCCCCCAACAGUGAAAUCGCAGCUCGAAGAAUGAAGCCAGUUCGACAAAGCACGCUUAUAAAUUCAGGGGGAGAGAACACAGCUGUAGACUCCAGUAAAACAACCUACUCCCAUGUAACCAGCUGGGCUGAUAGAUACCUGGACAGUGGUGUGUCCCUGCCUAUGGACACUACUGAAAGCUCAGGCAGCGAGUCUGACAGUGAUGUCUCUACAGAAACAGUACACCACAGUUAUUCAUAUGUGCCCUCAGACAUUGAGAUAUCAGACGUGAAAUCAGAUGCAAGUCAGGCAACACUGUCUGUAGCUCCCAGAAAACCUAGCUCCAUCGCUUCGUCCAUUCGGAGACGCUUGUCUGCUUUCCCCAUAAAGCCAACCGAAGCAGACAUCGUUGACACUGGUGGCUCUGCUCACAUGUACCGGUUAGUUUUGGCGGGAGAUGCAGGAUCAGGGAAGUCCAGCUUUCUAUUGAGGUUGAGUCUCAAUGAGUUCAGGGGAGAUAUUCAGACGACGUUGGGAGUUGAUUUCCAAAUCAAGAAGAUGUUGGUGGAUGGAGAAAAAACUAACCUCCAGAUAUGGGAUACUGCUGGACAAGAGCGGUUCCGCAGUAUUGCCAGGUCUUACUUCCGUAAAGCCCAUGGAGUCUUACUGCUGUAUGAUGUCACUUCUGAGAGCAGCUUCCUUAAUGUCAGAGAGUGGAUGGGCCAGAUUCAGGAAUGCAGGGAUGAGCAACUCCCAAUGUGUGUGAUUGGGAACAAAGUGGACCUGCGAGAAGAUCGACCGGAGGGAAGCUGUGUCAGCACUGUCGACGGGGAAAGGCUGGCUAGGACAUACAAUGCCCUGUUCUGUGAAACUAGUGCCAAAGUGGGAACUAAUGUAGUGGAGGCAGUACUUCACCUGGCAAGAGAAGUUAAAAAAAAUGUGAAACUGAGACGGCAAUCAGACUCACCGGUAAAGUUGAGUUUAAGCGGUCCAAAGAAAGCUCUGACUAACUGCUGCAGAGUAUAACCAUGGAGGCCCAUCACCAAAUGGAAUUGGGAAAUGCAUCUACUGACUGGAGACUAGGGAGGAUGGGGGCUCUAUUUUAGCGCCACAGCUUUUGUGAUGGAGAUCUGUUUUGUGUAGUAGUUCUGCAAUGAGUAGCUAAAAAUGUAUAACAAAUUGAGAUUACUGUAAAGUUAACUAAAUGUAUUUUAAUCUAAUAAUUGUCCAAUCUUUAGCAAUACAGUCAACUCCUGAUAAAUGUAAUAGUCCUGGACUCUCCUGAAUAUUGCACAUAACUGGUCUGGAGCAUGUAGAUCUCCAGAGAUGGGACUGUUGUACACUCAUCAGGAAUUGACUGCAUUCAUAUAUUGAAGAAAAGCACAGUUGAAGUUGUUCUAGCUCAGUCAAGAGACUGCAGUGGUCAAUGCCCUUGCUGUGGUUAGAAACAUGCAGAAAUUAAUCAGCACAUUUUACACCUAGGUGCUUUUAGUAUUUAUUUCAUUUUAGCUGAUUUUGUGUUUUUAUUGAUUAAAGUUUCUGUACAGGUGUGAAUUAUAAUUUGUUAAAUAAAAGUUCCCCAGAUUGAAUCCUUUCAUUUGUUUAUUUGAUUAUCAUCUUACAGCACUGUAUAUCCCAUCCUCAAUAUAAAAGUAAGAAUAAACAUGGUAUAGACAACCAUUAACAAAAUCACUAGAUGAGUUAUUUAAAAUCUAGGAGGGAUACAAAAAUAUGAUUGUUUUGUAAUUCUAAGUAGUGAAGUUUGACAUUUCUGCUCUUUACAUUGUAAAUACUGAUUUAACAUUAGACCUGUAUUGAAAUAGGCUUAAGCAUUAGUCAUUCAAAACCAUUCAUUUCUCAAACUAUACAGUACAACCUCCACCACAAAAGAUUACAAACUGGUUCUG